AUGUUCGGGAUCCAGGAGAACCUUCCUCGCGGGGCGACGGCCAGCAUGAAGGAGGAGCCGUUGGCCGUUCGCUCCUGGAUGCACUCGGCCGGCGUGGUGGACGCCAACACGGCCGCUCAGAGCGGGGUGGGGUUAGCGCGCGCUCACUUCGAGAAGCAGCCGCCGUCCAACCUGAGGAAGUCCAACUUCUUCCACUUCGUGCUGGCGCUGUACGACCGGCAGGGUCAGCCGGUGGAGAUCGAACGCACCGCCUACGUCGACUUCGUGGAGAAAGAGAAGGAGCCGACCGGAGAGAAAACCAACAACGGGAUUCACUACAAGCUGCAGCUGCUCUACAGUAACGGAGUGAGAACAGAACAGGACCUGUACGUCCGCCUCAUCGACUCCAUGACCAAACAGGCCAUCAUUUAUGAAGGGCAGGACAAGAACCCAGAGAUGUGCCGAGUUCUGCUGACACAUGAGAUCAUGUGCAGUCGCUGCUGUGAUAAGAAAAGUUGUGGAAACAGAAACGAGACUCCGUCUGACCCGGUCAUCAUCGACAGGUUCUUCCUCAAGUUCUUCCUGAAGUGUAACCAGAACUGUCUGAAAAAUGCAGGAAACCCUCGAGACAUGAGGCGGUUUCAGGUGGUAGUGUCUACGACGGUCAACGUGGACGGCCACGUUCUCGCCGUCUCUGACAACAUGUUCGUGCACAACAACUCCAAACAUGGCCGCCGAGCCCGGAGACUGGACCCGUCUGAGGCUACUCCCUGCAUUAAAGCCAUCAGUCCCAGUGAAGGCUGGACGACCGGCGGAGCCACCGUCAUCCUCAUCGGAGACAACUUCUUCGACGGUCUGCAGGUCGUGUUCGGCACCAUGCUGGUGUGGAGCGAGCUGAUCACCCCUCAUGCCAUCCGGGUCCAGACUCCUCCUCGUCACAUCCCCGGAGUCGUGGAGGUCACGCUGUCCUACAAGUCCAAACAGUUCUGUAAAGGAGCGCCGGGCCGCUUUGUCUACACAGCGCUGAACGAGCCCACCAUCGACUACGGCUUCCAGAGGUUACAGAAGGUCAUCCCCCGUCACCCCGGAGACCCCGAGCGGCUGCCCAAGGAGGUGCUGUUGAAGCGAGCAGCUGACCUGGUGGAGGCGCUCUAUGGGAUGCCCCAUAACAACCAGGAAAUCAUCCUGAAGCGAGCGGCCGACAUCGCCGAGGCGCUGUACAGCGUUCCCAGAAACCACAACCAGAUCCCGUCGCUAGGCAACACUGCCUCCCAUGGCAUGAUGGGAGUCAACUCCUUCAGUGGACAGCUGGCCGUCAACGUCUCAGAAACAACGCAAGGUACUGUAGGAACACAACUACUACAGUACCAGAAGUACUGCAGUAACAUUGGUUACAGCCGGAACACCAGCAGCGUGUCGCCACGGGGAUACGUCCCAAGCUCCACCCCCCAACAGAGCAACUACGGCAACACCGUCAGCAACAGCAUGAAUGGAUACGGCAACGCAGGCAUGACCAACCUGGGAGUGGCAACGUCACCGGGUUUCCUCAACGGCUCCACCGCCAACUCGCCCUACGGCAUUGUUCCUUCCAGUCCCACCAUGGCCGUGUCCAACUGUAACUCCUCCCACGGCGUCUUCUCCUUCUCAGCCGCCGUCAAACAGAAGAGCGCCUUCGCUCCCGUCGUCCGGCCGCCGGCGUCUCCUCCUCCUCCGACCUGCUCCAACAACAGCAACGGACUNUCCAUGUCCGGCCUCGUCGUCCCUCCUAUGUAG